AUGGAGACUGGUAUUGAAAUUAAGAAUGCUGAUUCUGUCGUUUACUUUAUGACAGAUGGAAUACGGAUUCUUAAGAUGAAGAGACUUCCAGGACCUGGACCGAGUAUUGAGUUAGCAGGAGCAGUUGAUACUGAUAAAACAGUAGACAUGGCUAGCAGCAGUAAACAGACUGGACUAAGGCCUCAACUGUUUGAAACAUCAGAACGGAAAGGGUCAAAAGAAGAUGUCAAAAUUGAAAUGUGCAGAAAUUUAUCGUGGCAUAGAGCCUUUUUCACCAACGAUGGUCUUCUUGAUGCUGAGGAGUUGGCAAGCAUGACUGAAGGAGAUGGGAGGGAUGUUAAACACCAGUUACAAGGAAUUGAAGAGAAAUUAUGCAGGUCAAUGGAUUCAAUCUCGACAUUAGGAAGUGAUAAAACUCUGGAGGCUAAAUUGUUCGAAAAGAUGGAAGCUUCAAUACAAAAAUCCAGCGGAUCAUCUAAGCUAACUAAUUCAAGCAUCAAGCGGUCAUCAGGAGAGGGAGAUUCAAAAGCAAAACCUAGCCGCUUUAGCCCGAAAGGAACCAAAGCAGCAACGACACAAGCAUCAAAGGUAACUGGGCCUGACAGGGGUGCGCCGAUUUCGUUAUCUCCUUUGGGUUCUUCAACACCAAUCAAAACAGAAGCAACAAGAUCAUCUCCUUUAGGUGGUGCUACUUCUGGCACUUCGAAAGGGGACAAUGUUAAAUCCUCAGCAAGAAGAAGCACUAGUUCCAAAACUGGUAAAGCUACAGCUGAUUCAACCUCCAAAACACCUCCAGGGAUCCGCGCUAAGAAUAAAGUAUCUCAACUCCUGCCUUCUAAACUUUCUCCAAGAACAUCACCUACUAAUUCAGGAUCGUCAUCGUCAACCUCUGAUGUCAAUCAAAGGUCAUCGCGGGGUAGUAGUGCUUCUUGUAGAUCCUUUGUGAACAAUGAGAAAUCCUCAGCAACCAAUGCAAGAAGAAAGGAUGAGCAGAGCAUUGGUAAAACACCAUCGAGCAUCAGCUUCAAGAAUAAACCACCACCAGUUAAUUCUUCAUCACCUUUGGGGUUAUCCAACUCUUCUCCAAGUAAAUCACCUGCUAGUUUCAUUAGUCAACGACCGUCAGAAUCAUCAUCGUCAAUCUCUACAGUUGAUCAAAGUUCGAGAUCAAGGGGUAGUAGAGGUACCAGUGUUCAUAACAGACCCUUAAACCGUGAUGCCUCUGCCAAAUCAACUUUGAAAAACCAUCCCACUCCAGACCGGAGAGGAAAACAGCCAGCAGCCUUGCAUCCACAAACUGGCUCAAUCUCUCAACCUCAUGUUCAAUCGAUGGGAGGUGGAAUACCUUCAACUAAGAGUGGGUUCAUUAAUGAGGGAAGGUCGUACAAAUCUUGCUUACUGACUGGCUUGCGUGAAAAUGAUGGUACACAGAGCAAAAAUGGGAGCUCAAAUGUUGCAAAAUCGACAAAGGUUCCACCACCAAGAACAGUUGCAGCAGCUCAUACAGGUUUGAAAUCAAAUUCCCAAAAAACUAGGACGACUCCUCCUAAUCCCUCCUCUCAAAAACAACAAUCAAGUGGUAAAGCAAAAGCCUCGAUCACCAGCGCUUCAAGAGCUGUAAAAACUCUUGUUUUAACGUCACCUGAAGUUCUGGAUAUAAAAGGUAAGCUAAAUGCCCUGAGGAUGGAAAUCAGUAAUCAAAAGCAAGACAAAUAUAAGGACAUCAAAAUGGCUCCUGCUGGAAGUGGUAAAGGUAAAUCAACUCAUCAGCAAAAUUGA